AUGAAGUGGAGUUCAGUUUGCCUCAUGGCAGUGGCCAUGCUUAUCGGUCUAUGUGACGCUCAAUCCGUGAAAGGACAGAAUUCACUACCGACGUGGCCGCCUGCCCAACCCUUUCCUCAGUGGCCUGCCCAGACUCUUCCUCAGUGGCCUACCCAGCCUCUUCCUCAGUGGCCCGCCCAACCCCAUCCUCAGAAGCCUGCCCAACCACCUCAGGCGCCUAAGUUACCCUCUGGCCCGAUACACCAAGGCCCAAAGCAGACCUGUGAUGUUGAGGGCAAUGACAAGGUGCAUUGUGGACUUCCUGACAUCACUGGUGCCAAAUGUGAGGCCAUAAACUGCUGUUUCGAUGGGCGUAUGUGCUUCUAUGGGAAAGCAGUGACUGUCCAGUGUACCAGGGAUGGACAGUUUGUGGUGGUGGUUGCCAGGGAUGCCACUCUGCCCAACCUGGAGCUAGAUUCUAUCAGCCUGCUGGGGGGGAACGAAGCCCACUGCACCCCUGUUGGCAUCACUUCUGCUUUUGCCAUCUACCAAUUCAAAGUCACUGAAUGUGGAACUGUCAUGACGGAGGAACCUGGUACUAUUUUCUAUGAGAACAGGAUGUCCUCCUCAUACAUAGUGGAGAUGGGACCCCUCGGCACCAUCACCAGGGGCAGCCAAUUUAAUCUAAUAUUCCAGUGCAGAUAUAGGGGCACUGUGAUUGAGGCUCUUGUGAUUGAUGUGAAGCAGGUGCCUCCCCCAAUUCUUCUACCAGCUCCUGGACCCCUCAGAGUUGAGCUCAGACUGGCCAAUGGAAUAUGCCUCACCAAGGGAUGUAAGGAAGAGGAGGUGGCCUACACUUCUUACUAUACGGAGGCAGACUACCCUGUCACCAAGUUCCUCAGGGAUCCCGUGUACGCUGAGGUUCGCAUCCUGGAGAGGACAGAUCCCAACAUUGUGUUGACCCUGAGUCGCUGCUGGGCCACCACAAACCCCGACCCUCUCAGCCUACCCCAGUGGAACCUUAUCAUUUCUGGAUGUCCGUACAAGGAUGACCGUUACCUGACCAUGCCCAUCCCUGUGGAAGCCUCCUCUGGUCUGUCCUUCCCAACCCACUACAGGCGCUUCGUCCUCAAGAUGUUCACCUUUGUGGAUUCGACAUCUAUGUCUCCCCUGAGGGAGAGGAUGUUCAUCCAUUGUAAUACAGAUUUGUGCCAGCCAUACCAGGAAAACUGGUACUGUGUACCAAGGUGCUUCAGGACGAGGAGACACAUUGCCAAUGCAGUUCAGAAGACCACCAGAAGCGAGUCUACUUUGGUUUCCAGUGGCGAACUGAUCCUGACUCAAAUUGCACGUUUGCUAGCAGAAUUAAAGGAAGUGUGGGGUUAUUGGAUCGCCUUAGAAUUCACAGAAGGCAGCCCGCUCUUCGGCCCCUGUUUCUCCGCCUCCUCUUCACGCAGAUCACGGGGGUCGGGGCCUGUUCCCGAGGGAGACACCCCCGUCAUACAACCUGUACGCCACAUCCCACUGACCCUUCGCGCAGACUUUGAUGCUGAGCUCUGGCACCAGAUAGAGGAAGACAUCAUCGAGCAUAUCGAUAUAUCCCCCUGGAUCUCAAACCUGGAUGUGAUAACUUUGCUUGGAUGUCGGCCCACCAUCUCGACCAAGACGGAGCUUCUCAUCUUCCCAGGGAAGGCCUGCCCGCUCAAAAACCUCUCCAUCACAGUUGACAUCAACAGUGUCACCCUCUCUGUGUGCAAUGAACCUUGGCAUGACCCUGGACAACACCGUCGUUCUCUGUCAACAUCAAAGCAGUGA